GCAUGCACUCGCCGUUACUUGAAAAAUAUACAUGCGAUAUUACCAGGAUCAACGGUCUUGGUCAUUUUUUAUAUAUGUACCAGGGAGGGAGGCCCCUCCCUGUGGCUGGAUCUGUGGUGGACCACGCCAGAGGGGUCCAGCCUUGCCACCUUUGCCCGGUCUGCAGGGUUGGGCACAUGCAACACGCCAGAGGGGUCCACCCUUGCCACCUUUGCCAGGUCUUUAGGGUUGGGCACAUGCGUCCAGCCUUGCCGCCUUUGCCAGGUUGUCGGGUACAUGCAACACGCCAGAGGGGUCCAGCUUUGCCACCUUUGCCAGGCUUGUCGGGUACAUGCAGCACGCCAAGGGGGUGGGCCCCGCCUUGCCUCCUCUGCCAGCUCUGCGGGGUACCUGCAACACGACAAGAGGGCCCAGCUUUUGCCACCUUUGCCAGGGCUGUAGGGUACAUGCAGCAAGCCAGCGGGGUCUUGCCUUGCCUCCUUUGCCAGCUUCAGCGUCCUCUGGUUUGGUGGCGCGCUAGGGUACAGGUAAGAAGCGGGAAGGGGUCAGAGGUGGGCGCUUCGAGGCCUUCCCGCCCGGCAGCCCCUCGAAAAGAGGGGCCGGGGCUGGGAGGCCCCCCCCUCAAAAAGUUAGAUCGGGGGGGGCCUUCAGCUUUGAGCCCUGUAACAUAUAUGACACAGGGACGCACGACCCCCCCCUGUGGAUGGCCCUGUGGUGGCGCUUGCGCGCUCUUUUCCGCGCUGCUUGUCGCGGGUUCUUGGGGUGAUAGGUGUCAAAACUUGUCGCGGGCGUCGCCUUGCGCCUCUCUGCAUGUUCCCCAGCGACCUCCUGGCCCCUGCUGACCCACGUGGGGCGGAGGUCUCCGGGGUAGAACGAAGGCCGCCGAAGGCGGCCACGGUCUCAAAAGCAGGCAGGCUGAUGGGCAAGGGCCUGGAGGGUACAGGCCACACGGCUCAGGAGGUCCAGCCUUGCGCCUUUUGCCGCCUUCGGAGGCCUUCCACACCGACCCGGCGCAUUGCCGCGGCGGUGAAGCACGUGACGUCGGCAGCUUGUAGGGCACACGCAGGCCGCUGGAAGGGAGCGGAGGCGGCCCCUUGGACCCCUUUCGAAGUCUACCACCCCCGGCAGACGCCUGCAAAAGGUGCCUGGGGAUCCACGUCCCCCCCCUACGCUAGGGGAGGCCGCUGCCUUGCACCUUGGAGCAUAUAUGAUAUACCCGAGCAGUUUACUUUCAUAGCAACCGUGAUGCAUGGCCAUGGAGUAGCUUGGCGUGCAAGCAUGGAGUGCAGACCUCUAAGGGAAGCUAGCUAUGGCUAACAAGCUACGCUAGCAGCCUAGCUAUGGCCAAACAGCUAGCUUGCUAGCUAGCCAUGCCUAAGCAGCUAGCAGGCUAGCUAACUAUGGCUAACUUCCUAGCAGGCUAGCUACGGCUAACCUAGCAAGCUAGCUUCGGGCAAGGGGCAAGCCAGCAAGCUCUCUAGCUAGGGGCAAGCAACUAGCUAGCUGGCCAUGGCUCUUAAGGGAGCUCCACCUUAAGGGAGGGCUUAUUAUUAGCCCAAUUCUAUAACAGCUAGAGCUAGGCCCUAAGGGAGCUCCCUUAGGAGCACUUUUGUCUCUUAAGCAAAAGCUAUAAAUAGAAACUCCUUAAGGGUUUCCAUUUCGUUAAGGAAGGCCUCUUAAGGAAGGCUCUUAAGGAAAUAAGAUCGAUUGCUAAUACUAUAAAUACUCAUAUUUGUAGAGCACCAACGUCUACUCA